AUGGGCUUGACGGCCUUUCUCGUGGUCUACCUCUUUGGAGGCAUGACAUUUCUGCCGCUCCUCAUCGCGGCGAUCAUCUACGUCUACACGAAGCCGGUGCCUCCGGGCGAUGGAGCAGACGGCUUGACACGGCCUGGCGAUGACCUGGCGGCGCUGGAAAACGCGCGUCGCGAACACGGACACGAACACGACUACGACCAGGGCCACCGAGGCGGGACGGAGAAGAAGAGCCGGUUCGACCAGCAUCACCAUCAUGUAGACGACUUUGCGACGGCCGGUUACUUUGCAGUGUUCCGCGAAUACGUGGCCAUUGGAGUCAACUCGAAGCCGGUGGAGCCGUCAACCGUGGGGCCGAACACGGUGGCGCCACCCAGCCCGAGCGUGUACCAGACCUUCUUCCGCAACAUGCUCACCAAGAAGGGGAGCAGCUCGGGCGGAGGAGCCGGAGCAGGCGGUGGGGUCAGCGGCGGGAAGAGAGUCGUCGGGGCCGCACAGGGACAGGGGGCGGUGGCAUCGGCAGCAGCACUGGCAGCCGGAGCAGGCGGCAAGGGCAGCGGGCCGGUGAUGGUGGAGGUGAGCAGUGCGGCCAGCCCGCGGCCGAAGAACGCACGCAACAUGUUCUACGUGGUGCUGCGGCACGGCCAUCUGAUCCUGUUUGACGACGACCAACAGGUGGAUGUGCGUCACGUGAUCAAGCUGGCAGAUCACGACGUGACGGUGUAUGCAGGAGCGGGCAAGCGGGUGGUGCCGGAGGGAGAGCUAUUUAUCAAGCGAAAUGCGCUGCAACUCAAACCACGACACCCGGAGCGAGCAGUGCGGGCACACAACGCGCCGGUGCCGCAGCCAUGGUAUCUGUACAGCGACAACUGUGCGGAGAAGGAGGACUUUUACUUUGCGCUGCUGCGCAGCCAGAGCCAGGAGGCGGCGGGGACUCGGGGGGGGUUGGGCGAGCCACGGGCGCGGGCGAUCGAAGUACGGCACCUGACGAGCCUGAUGGAGCGGCUGCACGCGUCGGAAGAGGCGGCCGAGAUGCGCUGGCUCAACGCGCUGGUGGGCCGGAUGUUCCUGGGGGUGUACCAGACGCCGGAGCUGGCGGCGUUUGUGAAGAACAAGUUUGUGACAAAGCUGUCGCGGGCUCCACGGCCGGGAUUUGUGGCGAGCCUGGAGGUGCAGCGAGUGGACCUGGGAACGACGACGCCGCAGAUCACGUCGCCACGGCUGCGCAGUCUGACGGCCGAGGGCGAGUGCGUGGUGGAGGCAGACGUGCGGUUUACGGGCCACUUUGGGAUGGAUGUGGCGGCGACGUUGCGGGUCAACACGCCGAUCGGGACGCAAGAGGUGCGGACGUCGCUGGCGGUGGCCUUUACACGGUUGGAGGGCCCGGUGCUGUUCAAGAUCAAGGCGCCGCCGAGCAACCGGCUGUGGUUUACGUUCCGGCACAUGCCCAAGGUAGAGAUGGAGAUCCGGCCGAUCAUCGCGGCGCGGCAGCUGACAUGGCCGCUGGUGAUCCAGAUGAUCGAGGGCAAGAUCAAAGAGACGAUUGCGGAGAGCCUGGUGCUGCCGUUCUGGGAGGAUAUGCCGUUCUUUGGGACAGAGCGGAAGCGGUGGCGAGGGGGCGUCUGGGAGGAUGACAGCGGCCGCACCGGCGAUGGUGUCGUCAACAUCGUCGUCGUCGGACGGAAAGGGGCCGUCGCCCAAGAAGAGCAAGCAGCAACAGCAGGCGGUCAGCGAAUCGGGCAGCACAUCGAGAAAGUGGCUUUCGCGCAGUUCCCGACAGCGACGAGCGGAAGAGAGACAAGAGGGUGA